AUGUCUCGCAUAACAGUGAUGCAACAGCUCUCGAUUUUGCGGCAAUCAGGAGGUGAAAUUAUGCAGAACAUGAAUGCAAGUGAUACACCACUCGAUAUUGAGCCCUUGACUACAGCGGAUAUGGGGGAACAUGUUGUCUGCACGCCAAGACAAAUUCUGUUGCAUCCAGCAUAUCAUGGUGGAUGGAAGGUUCUUCGCAGCUGCAGGGAAGAUGGCAGGGUUGAUUUAACAUACAAGCAUAAGACGCAUGGCAGAUUUCGCUCAAAAAAACAAGUUCUUAAUUAUCUCGAUUGUCUGUUGGAAAAACAAAAGGAGUCAGCUGAUCCAGCUAAGCAGUGUUCUGGUGUUUCCCAGGCUCCGUCUUUCCAGCCAUACCAGCAGGGAUACCCAUCUACUACAAGCUCAUACUCCUCAGGUGGGCCUUCCCUGAAGCCGAGUUCAACAAUCUACCCUCCAUCAUACUACUACAAGGCACCCCCGCCACCGCAGUUUCAGCAGCAGCAGCUGCCCCAGCAGUCUCCACCUCGCGAGCAGUAGGUGUUGCCUUCUAGCCAUUGUCGUUGUCCCAGCUUAUCAGUUGUGGUCCUGAUCAUCUCAUGAGAAAGAGAUACACUUUGGUUGGUCUUUGCCUCGUGGGAUGUACAGGGGCUUAAUACUUUGUUGUGAUGCACUUGAUACUUCAGUCUACUUGUGGGUCAUCCAUCGAGAUGAUGGUCUGGUACUAUGGUUUAAAACUUUUAGUUGACUGGUUUAUGGGUUAAUAAGUUGGACCUCUAUAUCAUGAUUUGGUGUUUAGCUACUUGG